CUUUCGAUGUGUCGGAGACUGAAUGAUAUAUUAGCCUAAAAAAUGUAAAUAAUAUAAAAUCAUAUAUUCUUGCUACAUCACAUUCUUAGCCAAAUUUGACUUCACAUCUUGAAUUCAAAUGAGUGUGUUAGAGUUAAGGAAAGAAAGGUCAAGAGAUGCCGCCCGUAGUCGAAGAGGUAAAGAAAAUCACGAGUUCAAUCAAUUAGCUAAAAUGUUACCUUUGCCACACGCAAUAACCAUGCAAUUGGAUAAGGCUUCGAUUAUAAGGCUAACUACUGCCUUUUUAAAAAUUAAGUUUUUCUCCUAUUUUGGACAGCCAUCGUGGACCAAAAAUUAUCCAAAUGUUAAUAACAGAACUUUGGGUUGUAAAAUAUCCGACUUUAAAUGCCCAAAAAGUUUUAAUAAUAAUAGUAAAAAAUUGGAAGAUAUUCAAAGAAUUCAAAGAUGCAGUGCCGAUUACAAUAUGGGCACCUCAGAAUAUACGAAUGGAUGUAUUGCUUCUAGAAGUGGGGAAGGUGAUCAAAAAUGGAAAUCGAUGCCUCUCUAUGUUAAAGAAGAUAUCCACCAUAUUGAAAAUAACCAUGGAAAUAAUAUAUUACAGGCAUUGGAUGGCUUUGCUUUCGCCCUUUACAACGAUGGACGUAUCUUGUACAUAUCAGAGACUGUUUCCAUAUACCUAGGAUUAUCCCAAGUGGAAAUGACCGGUAGUAGCAUAUUUGAUUACGUUCACAUAAAGGAUCAGAGAGAGAUGGCCAAAAAAAUGGGAUUAGAUUUAAGAUGGAUUUGCUCUACGUCUCCGAAAUGCUCUUACAAAUCCGAUGAGAAUGAUCAAAAGUUUUCAAUUAAUACGACCUCCUCUCAAAACUCUUACAAAUACAAUAAAAUAAUACCAUCGCCUAUUCAAUUCUCCGACGAUCAAAACAAUUUAUUCCCUGAGAUAGCCUUCAGUGAAACGAUUGGAACGAUGAAAUGCAAGGAAAAAUUUAACAAAGUGUUCUGUGUUCGAAUGAAAUCUACUCUGAGUAAACGAGGCAACCAUGUGAGACAAUCUGGAUAUCGGGUUUUGCAAAUACUGAUCAGAUUUCGGCCUCAAAUAAUUGAAUCUUCAUUGGAUACUAAAAGUAAAAAAGAUAUGAAUCUCGAGGGAAGCACUGAUAGACUGAUUGGUCUUGUUGGAAUAGCUAUAGCUCCCCCUCCACCAGCCCUUCAUGAAAUCAAAAUUGAUAAUGAGAUGUUUGUCAUGAGAUUAAAUCUCGAUUUUACCGUUUCCAGCUGCGAACCCAAGAUAACUCAAUACACUGGGAUUAAGAUAGAAGAUUUAAUGAAACAGUCAUUUUACAACUAUUGCCACGUCUACGACCUUCCGAAAUUAAGGAGACAGCAUAUUGAUCUCAUCAAAAAGGGUCAAAUCAUAACAGAUUAUUAUCGCUUCAUGUCAAAAUCUGGGGGUUAUAUAUGGAUGCAAACGUGCGCUACUGUUGUUCUUAAUACCUCUAAAAAUGCAGCCGAAGACGACGAAAACAUAAUAUUCAUAAAUUAUAUCAUUAGCAACAAAGAAAACCCUGAAUAUCAUUAUUCGACAUUGCAAAACAUUACGAAUCGAUUUACAAAUUAUUCGUCCAGCCCUAAUAAAGGAAAUACUAUUGAUCAGUUAGUAACCAGCACCAAUAUAUCAGAUUUAUGUUACUCCGAAAAAAAAUUGACAGCAAUUAAAUCCUCUAAACAAACUAAAAUUAAUAAUCAAAGGCACGCAAAAAGAAGCGGUAAAAAAAUUCGGAAAUCUUCGUCGCUAAACGAAAAGAUUGAUAAGUAUAUUAAAAUAAAGAAAUCGCACAAAUCGAACUACAGAAGCCUGAAGAAGGUCAAUAAGUACAAAGGACUCAUCAUCAAAAGUAAAAAGGACAAUAAAAACAAAAUAUUGUGUGCUCAUAAACAUUUGAUCAACAAAGGCAAUAAUAAAAUUUCAAAUAUUAUUUCCUAUUCCGCCUCAAAUAAUUACUACUCCUCAGCAAAUUAUCAAUCUUUAUCUUAUACUGGCCAUUCUGAAACUCUCAAUCGUGAAUCCGUUAUUAAAUCGAUCAUGAACGAUUCCCCGUUUACAAAUAAUGACUGUGAUAUGGCGAAUUAUAACGGUAACGCCUAUUUCGCUUUAGCACAAAACCCUGCUAAAUUCGGGAGUAACAGCUAUGUAGACAGCUCAAGGAGUCUUAUAGCUGAACUAAAGUGGUCUAAUCGUGUUCUCACUAACUCUCAUGAUAAUGAUUACAUGCAUAUUCAGAACGACAAGGAUUACCUUCAUAUAGACCAAGAGAACAAACAGUAUUUGGAGAGGGGGGAAUAUGGUAUGUGUAAUUCAUUGGAUGGUUAUUUGGUGGAGGAUGAUAAAAUUCUCACGACGGAUGAUCAGUCCAUUUUAUAUAAAAAUAUACAGUAUUAAAUAUACCUAAUGUAUUAAGUUUAUUAUAUUUCUUUUUAUAAACUAUUAAUUCUCAAAAUGCAAACCAAAAAUAAUAUCUUCCAAAAAUCAGCCAAAUGAAUAGUCGCAU